AUCCGUUUCUGCCUUUCCCCGAGCCCGUCGAUCUCUUCUCCUUCGUCAAUAGUUGCGCCCCCGUCGAUCGUAGCCCGCCUCGAUCUUGACCGUAGCUGCAACGCCCGCCGCCGCCGCCGAUUCCCGCGAAGCAGAGAGAUACCGCGUCUUCUUCAAAAGUUCUAUCUUCUUUAUUGUUUAUCUUUUCAGCAAUGUCAUCAGGAUCAGACCAUAAAGCCACCAUCAUAGAUGGAAAGGCAAUUGCGCAGGCCAUUCGAUCUGAGAUUGCAUCAGAGAUACAACUCAUGUCAGCAAAGUAUGGCAAGGUGCCAGGAUUGGCUGUAGUCAUAGUAGGAAAUAGGAAGGAUUCUCAAAGCUAUGUGACUAUGAAGAGAAAGUCUUGUGCCGAAGUUGGGAUUAAGUCCUUUGACAUUGACCUUCCAGAGGAUGUACAUGAAGCUGAACUUAUUUGCAAGGUCCAUGAACUGAAUGCUAAUCCCAAUGUACAUGGCAUAUUGGUGCAGCUUCCACUACCAAAACAUAUAAAUGAAGAAAAAGUAUUAAGUGAAAUCAGCCUGGAAAAAGAUGUAGAUGGAUUUCAUCCUCUAAACAUUGGUAAGCUUGCGAUGAAAGGGAGAGAUCCUUUGUUCCUUCCUUGCACUCCAAAGGGUUGCCUUGAACUUCUGUUUCGAAGUGAUGUUUCCAUAAAGGGGAAGAAGGCAGUUGUGGUUGGUCGAAGCAAUAUUGUUGGAUUGCCAGUCUCUCUGCUACUUCUGAAGGAAGAUGCAACUGUUACUAUAGUCCACUCACGUACGGAGGAGCCAGAGAGAAUCAUUUGUGAAGCUGACAUUGUUAUAGCAGCCGCUGGACAGCCUAUGAUGAUCAAAGGAAGCUGGAUCAAACCCGGGGCUGCUGUGAUCGAUGUAGGAACAAAUGCGGUAGAUGAUCCGAGUAAGAAGUCGGGUUAUAGGCUGGUGGGUGAUGUUGAUUUUGAAGAAGCAUCCAAAGUAGCCGGUUGGUUAACUCCGGUUCCUGGUGGAGUUGGCCCAUUGACAGUGGCAAUGCUGCUGAAGAAUACUUUGGUUGGAGCCAAACGAGCCGUGGAAAUGUGAUUUUACACAACUAAAAGUGUACCCACAGUGUUCAACCUCAACCUGUUCCAGAAAAAUCUCAUUGAAAUAAGAUAUGUAACUACUCUACACCAAUGUCUUCUUUGCCCCCACAUGUUUCUUGUUCUCCCAAUAUAUUUUUUUCUUUUGAAUGUUCCAUUUUAUUUGUCCACACUAUGAGAUGUCUGACCUUCAAACUCUUUCUCUGAGCAAGCCUCCUUGGUCUAGUGAACUGAGACCAACUUGGGAAAUUAAACCACAGUCACACACAGGAAGGGAAUUUUAUGAGGUUUAAAAAUGCAAUAAAGCUAGGGUAACCCC